GAGGGAGAAAACGGGUGACCCGAAUGUUUGAAGCGCGCUCGACAACGUGUCGAUUUCGAUACCGUCCGGUUGCGGGAAGCAGUCAGUCUCUCUGUUCAUUCCACCGGAUUAACAAGUCAAUUUUCAAAGGUACGCUUACUUCCAGUAUCAAAUAAACCGGCCUAACCAUGGAUGAUGGUGCUGCAUCCACUGGCGUCAUUGUGAAGAACAAACCGGGCGCAAAGCCGCUGAACAUCGUCGAUGACUUCAACCGUCGCAAGAUGCCGCUGUACAAGCACUGGGUUCGCCCACAAUUCUUGCAAUACAAUUACAUGUACGACUAUCGCGUAAACUACUACGACGACGUCAUCGACUAUCUGGACCGGCGAUCACGAGGAGUUGCGUCGGAAAUUCCUCGUCCCCAGACCUGGGCUGAACGCGUCCUGAGAACCCAGAAGAACGCCCCACGUGACAUCAACGAUGUGUACAGCUACACCAGCAUCAGCCACAAGAAGGACGACAAGAAGCUUAUGUACACGCUAAGUAAUCAGAUCAAGUCGUACAACUGCCACUCGAAGGCAUACACUAACAGAAAGUACCGCAAGAUCCUCUAAAAAUGCGUUUCCUUUGCUUUUUUUUGGCACUAAAAAGAAGAGAGAAAAAAAUCAAACCGAGAGAAAAAAAAAACAAAAAAAACCCACACUUCCCAAAAAUCGCUUGGCAAAAAGCUUAAUUAAAUGCUGAGGAAGUCCUGCAAAACCUCAGAAACUUUCUCCCGAUAAUUUGUGCUUUUUUAUUAAUGAAAAAAAAAUUAACAUCCCUCGCAAUAAAAAUGCUUCCGCUUGUUUAGCUUACGAACUGCAGUUUUUAAAACUUUGUAUAAAACUUUGUGAAGAAAAACAAAACGACCAAAAAAAAACAAACUCACAUAUAAUUAUGGAAAAAAGACAAAAAAAAUGAAGAAAUAAUCAAAACCUUCGUAACGAACAUGUUCUUAACACACGCACAGCAAAUACAGAGAGACUCGAAACGAAAACGAAACGUCCCCCCGUUUUCCCUGCUUUACUUUUGCCCUUCAACCUCCCCUCCCUCCCCUUUCACCCCUUACCUAUUUCGACACACGUCCCAACGAUCCUUUCCAAGGUUCUCUUUCGAAGUUUGCUGUUAACGCUGCCAAGAGCCCUUGGAAAAAUGUUCGACAGGCAGCCCACGUCCUUUUCACUUGCUCGAAAGCAAGAAAAUAAAAGAAACAAGAAAACAAUCGAACAGGGUAGGGUUGCUUUGCUUUAAAUGCCUCCAUAGUUACGCAUAGGUUACAGUGUUAAGGUGUGUUUUGUUGUGUGAUAGGCUGGAAUUUUUUAUUUCAACAAAAAAGCUUUCUUUUUGUUUUACCUAUUUCAUCAAAUUUAUAUUUUUCCUUCCACCCACACUUCCAACUAGUUUCCCUCCCUUACGGCUAAGUAAGUUAAUGCGCGCGAAAAUGUAAAAAACCUGACAAACCAUUGCAACACUCGCUGGCUCGUAACCAUAUUAGGGUGGGAAAAGCUUUCCCAUCCUCCCAAACAUUUGUUUGGUGCUGUUUGCACGAGCUCUAGCUUGAGAUGUUGUUUUUUCUUUCAAAUCUGCUUUGUAAUUAUUGCUUUUUAUUGUAGUUUGCAGCUUUGUUAGUCCAUUUUUUUGGAGUUUGUCUAACAAAUAACAGCGGUGUCCGAUGAACUAUAGUUUUACUUUGAAAACCUUUCCUUUUUUAAUUUUCCCACCACAAAAUUAUUCUACACUGCGCCCUGGAUUGGUGUGUAGGGAAAAGUCGACCACUGGUAAGGCUCUAUCUGAGCUCCACUUACCGAGGCUGGUGACCGUGGUUAGAAGAUGGUACGGGCCGGAUUGUCAACACACAUUUUCACAAGCUACCGUCCGUGCCGGAACAGCAAAAAGUAAAGGGGGAGCAGAUUAGCAGAUUUGUCCACCAUUUGUACAACACUUUGACCAGUAAACCACCUUUGGCACCCAUUGAACCGAGCAUCGUAACGCUCCUCAAAAACGAAUUUCAAUAAACGAAAGUAACUCUGAAA